GCCCGAGCCAGGCCCCAGUUUGAAUGAAUCUUGACUCUCGGGAAGAAAAUAAUGCGUACAUAUUCAAUUUAUAUGAAAAUUAUUCAUUUUUACAUUUGAAUGUUUAGCACCUCAUCGUCUCAUUAAUGCUUUUCUGAGAAUGAAUGAUCAGCUCGUGUGCAGCAUCUUCUCGGUACAAAUGAUCGCGCCAGAUUAAAAUGCUCUGGACGAGGACAAUUUUAGUGUUGUUAGCUGCCUUGGCAUGUCUGCUUCCAGUCACUCAAGCCUCAAUGGGAGAUCAUUCACUAAUAUUCCAGAAAUGUUUGGCUAAAUGUCUAAAAAGCAACUGUUCAACCGAGAACUCUUCGGACGAGGGAAAAAAUCCCGCAGUUGUCGAGCCAUUCUACCUGCAGCUCUUCUGGUCCUGCAAGGAUGAAUGUGGCUACAACUGCAUGUGGGAGACAGUCAGCACGUUCGAGCAGAGAGGAUGGGGCGUUCCUCAGUUCUACGGCCGAUGGCCUUUCAUCAGGGUCCUCGGCCUUCAAGAGCCUGCCUCUGUUGUGUUCUCCCUGCUGAACCUAGUGGCCAACUUGGCCAUGUUGAACAAGUUUCAGCUCAAAGUACCAAAGUUUGUUCCUGGCUAUCACCUGUGGACCAUUCACAGCUGGGUGUGCAUUAAUGCCUGGUUUUGGUCCUCUGUGUUCCACUCUCGUGAUAAUGUGCUGACUGAAAAGAUGGACUAUUUCUGUGCCUUCUCCAUGGUUCUCUACUCCUUUUACUGCAUGGCCAUGAGAAUUCUACACUGCCAAGUCAAUUGGAUGUCCAUUUCCUUUUCAAUUAUCUGCGGUUGUCUAAUGGUCUUCCAUGUGACUUACCUCUCAUUGCUGCCAAGAUUUGACUACAGCUACAACAUGACAGCAAACGUUGCCAUUGGAGUUCUGAAUGGACUAGGUUGGCUGAUUUUCUGUUUGAUCAAGUGGCGCAAACAUAGGUACGUGUGGCGGUGCGCACUUUCGGUGGUUUUGGCACUUGCCUCAAUGUCUCUGGAGAUUCUGGACUUUCCGCCCUUGCUUUGGACCUUCGACGCUCACGCGCUUUGGCACCUAAGCACCACAAUGCUGCCGUUCCUAUGGUGCAGGUUCAUCAUUGACGAUUGCCUUCAUCUCUUGGAGAAAAAAGAGAAAGAUAAAAAACUUAAAAUGCUAUAACGAGCUUUUACUUCUGCUGAGUCGCUACAAAAUAUAUAAUUAUGCAUUUUUUGCAAACUUAUUGUGAUAGAAGUUGUUACAAUUUAAUUUUAAUUGAAGGAGGUUCUUUCUGGUUGUGUUAUGACUUAUGACGCUAGACAUUUUUAACGUAACAGGACGACUGAACUAAAAUGCAGAGGCCUACACUAUUUGUCAAGCAAUCUUAGAAUUCUAAUCUAUUGUUGGACGUUGUUUCUUGCGCAUGUUGCAAAUUUAAACACCUAACCUGUUUGAUGUUCUUUGCAAUAUUUACACCAUUUUUAAAUUUGUGAUACAAAUAAAACUCUUAACAGCAAUAGAAUAGUACA